ACGCCAUGGAGAAACCCUCAAAGGAUCGUCUCACUUUAUCUCCAGCUUGUAAAAUGGAAGAUGAGGACAUCACAGGUGAUCACAUGGAGGCAUCUGGGAAAGGUUUUUCACCCAAGUCCCGUCCUUCUUCUGCCAAUCAGAAAUCACACACGAGUGGGAAGUUAUACGCCUGCUCCGAGUGCGGGAAGUGUUUUCCACGAAAAUAUGACUGUUUUGUUUUACAUCAAAGAUCUCACACGGGGGAGAAGCCAUUUCCCUGCCCUGAGUGUGGAAAAUGUUUUACGAUAAAGUCAAACCUCGCAAAACAUCAAAGAGUUCACACGGGUGAGAGGCCAUUUUGCUGCUCUGAGUGCGGGAAAUGUUUUUAUCAGAAGGCCCAUCUUGAUUCGCAUCUGAGAUUUCACACGGGUGAAAAGCCCUAUCCCUGUCCUGAGUGUGGAAAAUGUUUUACAAAAAAAUCAGCCAUUAAAAUACAUCAAAGAAUUCACACGGGUGAGAAUGUAUAUUCCUGCCCUGAGUGCGGAAAAUGUUUGGCUCAGAAAUCAGAACUUGUGAAACAUCAAAGAUCUCACGCAAGGGAGAAGCCACAUUCCUGCCCUGAGUGCGGGAAAAGUUUUAAACACAAGGCUCAUUUUAAUGCACAUCAUAGGACUCACACGGGUGAGAAGCCGUAUUCCUGUCCUGAGUGUGGAAAAUGUUUUACACAAAUAUCGCACCUUCUAUCUCAUCAAACAACUCACACUGGAGAGAGGCCGUAUUCCUGUUCUGAGUGCGGGAAACGUUUUUCACAGAAUUCCCAUCUUAAAAUACAUCAGAGAAUUCACACGGGCGAAAAGCCAUUUCCUUGCCCUGAGUGUGGAAAAUGUUAUCCACAGAGAUCAGACCUUACUAAACAUCAGAGAUCUCACACGGGGGAGAAGCCGUAUUCCUGCCCUGAGUGCGGGAAAAGAUUUUCACGCAAGUACGAUUUUAACAAACAUUGUAGUUCUAACACGUGUGAGUAGAUGCAUAGGCCCAGAUUCACACAGUGUGGGCGCACAUUACGCCGCCGUAGCGCAAACGCUGUACACCACGCCGGCGUAGCACGGAGAGGCAAGCAUU